AUGGAACCUCAAAACUCCCAGAUGGACAAGCAUAAGACAGACCAGGGGGCGGAGGCCAUCCAACCCUCCGACAAUCAUGUGCUUCCAGAAGAUACCAAGCUGGGGGAAAUGGACAAGUCCCUCCAAGCUGGUGAACUGACUAUGGAAGAGGACACGGCUGGAGGCAUGGGCCGCCACUUGGGCCUGUUUUCUACUACGUUGUUGAUCUUAGGCCGUAUCAUUGGUACUGGAAUAUUUUCCACUCCCUCCUCCAUUACAAAAAGCACUGGCAGUGUCGGAGCUGCCUUGCUCAUCUGGGUUCUCGGCUUUGCCAUCUCCAUGGCUGGCAUGUUUGUCUGGCUCGAGUUCGGCUCAAUGUUCCCUCGAAGUGGAGGGGAAAAGGUCUACCUUGAGGCCUCAUACCGAUACCCGAAAUCUCUUGCUACAGUUGUGUAUGCUGUAUAUACCGUCUCGCUUGGCUUCACUGCGACUGGUGCCAUAUCCUUCGCCAGCUACAUGUGGGUAGCUGGCAAUAAGACCUCUUCCGAAUGGCAGCAAAGAGGCGUGGCAGCAGCCGCUGUGGCAGGUACAUGUCUGAUCCACUCGUUUGCUCCCCGAUUUGGUAUCAUGUUCAUGAACGCAAUCUCAAGCCUCAAAGUCUUUACACUCUUGUUCCUCAUCGUGUCUGGCUGGGCUGUCAUGGGUGGCGCGAUUUCCAAAGAAAAGAUCCCUGAUCCCUUCGCAUCCUUUGAAAAUGCCUUUGAGGGCUCCUCUCGUGGAGGAAACGCUUACGCCACUGCCCUUUUCAAAGUCUUGUUUGCCUUUGCAGGCUGGCAGAAUGCUGCUUACGUUCUGAACGAGGUGAAGGAUCCCGUGCGAACCCUUCGUAUCGCGGGACCUGUUGCCUUGACCAUCAGCGGUGUCCUAUACUUGUUGGCCAAUGUCUCGUACUACGCUGCCGGCACACCAGCCGAGAUUUCCAAGUCUGGGGUCACCGUCGCAGCUUAUUUCUUCGAGACGGUCUUCAAUGACGCUGCGAAGCGGGCCUUUAGCGUUCUCAUCGCAUUUUCCGCGCUGGGAAAUGUGAUGACGGUCACUUAUGCCCACUCGCGUAUUAACCAGGAGCUGGCGAAGGAGGGAGUCAUUCCGUUCCCUCAAUUUUGGGCCAGCACGUGGCCUUUCGGAGCACCAAGCGCGGGCCUUCUCUUGCACUUUAUCCCUUCCUUCAUCAUGAUUGUCGGCGUGCCAUUUGGUGAUGCCUACAACUUCAUCAUCAACAUCGAGGGCUACGCUAGGUCUAUUCUAUUCCUGUUAGUUGUGACGGGUUUGUUCUGGCUUCGCAAAACGAAGCCCCUGGCACAUCGCCCCAUCCGCGUCUGGUUACCUGUGGCUGUCUUGUUCCUCGUCGGACAGGCAUUCUUGCUCGUCGCGCCAUUUCUCGCCCCGGACAAGGGAACAAGCGACACCAGCAUUGUCUAUUGGGCAUACCCUCUCGUUGGAAUCUCCGUCAUUAUCGUGGGAGUUAUCUACUGGUUUAUAUGGAAACAAGCACUGCCCAAGUUGUUCAAUUAUCAACUGAAGGAGGAGAAACAGGUCCUUGAAGACGGUACAGUCGUUACUAAAUUUCUCAAGGUCGCGAAUUGA